AUGAGGGUAUUCAUUUUAUCAAUCAUAUUGAUAAUACAUUUUACAUCGAAUAAUAGUAGUAAUGCAUACAAGACAUUAUCAGAAAAAUCAUUUCAACUUCUCGCAAACACCAGCUCCUCUUCAUUAUUCACAGAUUUUCUUCCUUCCUUGCUAAUCCCUCGCGUGCCCGGUACCGAAAAUAAUACAAAAGUGAAUUCUUUCAUCGUCAAUAAAUUCACUGAACUCAAAUGGCACGUAGAAACGGAUGAUUUUACUGAUAAUACCCCUUAUGGACAAAUAAACUUUUCUAAUAUUAUCGUAACCAAGGAUAUUAAAGCUACCAAAAGAUUAGUGUUUGCUGCACAUUUUGAUAGUAAAUACUUUGACCAUCAAGAAUUUGUAGGUGCUACUGACAGUGCUGUACCCUGUGCAAUGUUAAUGGAAUUAGCAUAUAGUUUGGAUAAGUACCUUGAUAAAAGAAAACAAGAAGAUGCCACACUACAGAUUAUUUUCUUUGAUGGGGAGGAAGCUUUUAAAUAUUGGACUCAUGAUGAUUCGAUUUAUGGAUCAAGACAUUUGGCGGCUAAAUGGGAAGAUACAUAUAUAAUAGACAUAGAAUCACCACAAAAUAAAGGAAAAAAUAUGUUAAGUGGAAUAGAUGUAUUAAUAUUAUUAGAUUUAUUAGGUGCUUCAAGACCGACCUUAAACAAUUAUUUUACAACAACUUCUUGGAUGUUUAGUCAAUUAAUUCAAAUAGAAUCUAGGUUAACCACGAAUAAUUUAAUAAAAUUACCAGGUAGUGUAACUAGCAGCUCAAAAGAUGGAAAGUUUGAAAUUAAAGAGAAUAAUAUAGAUGAUAGUUUAGAAGAUCAUGAGAGUUAUUUUAAUCAAUAUUCUAUGAACACUUAUCAACCCCAUAUUGAAGAUGAUCAUAUACCGUUUUUAAUGAGAGGUGUUCCCGUAUUACAUAUUAUUCCUUCACCAUUUCCUAUUGUUUGGCAUCAAUUAUCUGAUGAUUUUAAUGCCAUCGAUCCUGUUGUGGUAUAUAAUUUGAAUAAUAUAUUUAAAAUAUUUACUGCAGAGUAUUUAGAUAUGGAUGCAAACAUAUUAAAAGCUAAUAAUCAUGAUGAAUUAAAGAAAUCCCCGGAUAACUAA